CGAAAAGGUCUCGUUGAAAACGAAAACUAAAAGAGGAAAAGGGGCCUAAAAUUAAAGGUAAAAUAAAAAUAGCCAGAGUAAAAGAGAACAAACGAGUUUGUUGGCGAAGAUUGGUUCACUCAACGAACGCUUCAACGGCAUAAUUUUCUGGACGAAACGAGAUGAUUAAUUGACGGGACGGCAGUGAUCGCGGUUGUCCUCAGGUGUUAGGAUCUGAGGGUUGUUUGUUUUUUCUUUUUUCAAUUUUUUUUCUUUUUAAAUUUGGGGGUCUUUGGAGAAGAGAUUUAGUGAACAAGGAAAAUGAGUGCGUCGAGGUUUAUCAAGUGCGUCACGGUGGGUGACGGAGCUGUGGGUAAAACCUGUUUGCUGAUUUCUUACACCAGCAACACCUUCCCUACGGAUUAUGUGCCAACCGUGUUCGACAAUUUCAGUGCAAAUGUGGUCGUCAAUGGGAGCACUGUUAAUCUUGGUUUAUGGGAUACUGCUGGGCAGGAAGAUUAUAACAGAUUGAGACCUUUGAGUUACCGUGGGGCAGAUGUUUUCAUACUUGCAUUCUCUCUCAUUAGCAAGGCAAGUUAUGAGAAUGUUUCCAAGAAGUGGAUUCCAGAGUUGAAACAUUAUGCACCAGGUGUCCCAAUAAUUCUGGUUGGAACAAAGCUUGAUCUUCGGGAUGAUAAGCAGUUCUUCGAAAAUCACCCAGGUGCUGUGCCCAUCAGUUCAGCUCAGGGGGAGGAGCUGAGGAAGCUUAUUGGAGCUCCAGCUUACAUCGAAUGCAGUUCAAAAACACAGCAGAAUGUGAAGGCAGUUUUUGAUGCAGCCAUCAGAGUCGUCCUCCAACCACCCAAGCAAAAGAAAAAGAAGAACAAAGCACAAAAGGCCUGCUCCAUUUUGUGAUUGAAAGAGGUGUAGUAUGUCUCAAACUGGCGACUAUGAGAAGCAUGAGGUGGUUUAGUGUUGCUUUCUUCAAAUUGUUGUGGUGACCUUUAAUUGUUGAAAACACCUUACAUGGUUGUUGACUCCCCUUUUUCAAUAUGCUUUAUGUAUUAAUGGAUCAAAACUUUCCACUUAGAAAAACCACCGUUUCUUUGCAUGAACGUACUUAUAUUUAUAACUCUAUUGUUUUUAAGGUUUGACCA